AUGUCACAAGAUAUUAAAGCUCUUGAGGACAAUGCAACAUGGGAAAUUGUUGGCCUACCUGCAGGAAAAAAGGCCAUAGGAUCCAAAUGGGUAUUUAAGAUAAAGUAUAUGGCAAAUGGAGAAGUAGAGAGAUAUAAGGCUCGGUUAGUAGUAAAAGGUUAUGCACAGCAAGAAGGGUUGGACUAUCAUGAGACCUUCUCUCCUAUAGCCAAAAUGGUUACUGUGAGAACAGUCAUAAGCAUAACAGCCUCUAGAGGAUGGAAUUUGUUUCAAAUGGAUGUCAAUAAUACUUUUUUGCAAGAGGACCUUUAUGAAGAUGUUUAUAUGGAGUUACCACAGGGUUUCCAGAGACAAGGGGAUUACAAGGUUCGGAUAAAUGGAGAUGAAACACUAGAGGACAUAGGAAGCUAUCAUAAGCUUAUUGGUAAGUUGCUCUACUUGACCAUCACCAGACCAAAUCUCAGUUUUGCAGUACAGGUACUCAGUCAGUUCAUGCAGCAUCCCAAACAAUCUCAUUGGGAUACAGCAUUGAGGGUGGUAAGAUAUGUAAAGGGAGCACCAAGCCUUGGUAUUUUGCUGGGAACAGGGCCUAUAGAUACAUUAUUUGCUUAUUGUGAUUCAGACUGGGCCUCCUGUCCUAAUACUAGGAGAUCUGUCAUAGGAUAUAUCAUCAAACUGGGAGAUUCUCUACUUUCAUGGAAGUCAAAAAAGCAACAAACUGUUAGUCGAAGCUCAGCUGAAGCAUAG